AUGCCAGGCAGCGUUGCUCAAAGUGGCGUCAAACGCCGGCGCCACACUCCACCCGCUGCUGUUAGUCCUCCGUUCUUCGGUCCCGGUGCCACUGCUGUCUUGAGCGCUCUCAAAGAGGCCAUUCUUCCGGUUGAUGAUUCCGACGACUACGCGGAUGUUCCGUCCAAGCGAGCGCGCACAUCUCCAGAUUCUCCAGCGCUCAAGGACCGACGGGCAUUGCCGCCACUCCCUGCGGAUCGAGUAACCAUUAAGAAGGAAGACGGGGAAGACGAGGAAGGCAUCGACUCGUAUGAGCGUUCCGUGCUGCAAAAGUACCCCAUUUGGCCGAUACAGACGGCGUCGCCAAACGAUAUUCCCUCCGAAGAUAAGGCGCUGCACUGUAGUAUGCUCCAUGGUUGGCUGGAUCCGGAAGACGACUUGGAGCUGACCACGGACGGGUUUGUGAUGUUGACGAAGGCGCUGCGCUUGCAGACGAAGUACGGAUUCGAGGGAAGGAGGUAUCGCGAGCGGAUCAUGCGUCGAAUCUCAUCCGUGUGGCCGACGACCCUCGGAAAGCAUGACAAGAACUCGUUCGAGCAGAAACGGGACAUCGUCAGUCCCACGAAGGUCAUCGCCCUCCUGCGCGAGUGUGGCGAGAGCGACCCCGCGAUCCUCGCGCCCCUCUUCUAUGCCGCAGCGAAGAUGUACGCCACCGCGGACAAACCGGACCUCGUCCCGCUAUCGCGCGAAGACCAAGAGAGAUUGCAGACCGGAGUCGCCAGGCUGCGCAUCGUGCACAACCAGCACGUUGGAGUGCCCUUGGGGUUCCUGCACGGGAGUGUUUUCGAGAUACUCCAGGGAUGCUCCCUAAGGCUGACGCACGCAGUCCUGACGAGAUGGCGCCUGCAGGACCAGGUUGAACACACGUCCAACCCAGCGCCGCGCAUGCGGCACGAGUUCCGACCGGUCGAGGCGUGGCGCGAGGGGUACUGGGCGAUUUGGCGGGACGUGUACGCGGGCGACCCGUCAAUCGGGUGCUUGGAAUGCGGCGAUCUGCUGGGGUGCGAGGUGCAGAAGCAAAGGCAGCGCUUGUGGGACCAUAUGCCCGCGUUUUUCGGACUGGUUUAA